CUUGGUCGCGAUGAAGCCUCCGAAAGCGACAACAUAGACAAGCUCACGAAUCUCGCUUGCAAGUUUUUUGAGAUCGUAAGUGCUGUCGCCGGAGAGGGCAGCAACAAUACGGAUGCGUGCGCUUCCGUGGCCCUUGUGGCAGUCGAGAUGGCCAAGUCCUCGUCACGAGAGGAACCCUUAAUCGACCUAAUGCAGAAUUUCAGCUUGCAGUCCGUGACGGCUCUCAUCGCUUUUCAAACGAUGAUAUCCAGAGUUGCAAAGUCCGAAGGCAAAUCGCGAAAUGACACAAUGUUGGCUGUGAAGAAUCCAGCGCAGGUUGAGAUUGUGAAGUCUCUUCUCUCAUCAAAAGCAGAAUCACUGUUCCACUACAUGGGCCUGCACUUGACAGUCUACGUGUCUCCGUUUCUGGAAGAUGGACAGUCCUUCGUGGAAGCAAGCUCUUUCCUUCUCUCGGGUCGCACUGGAUCCCCGCCAAAGUGGAGGCUAUGCGUGCGCCUAGUGGACCGCAUUCUGCCCACCUUGCUCAUCGUAUCCUUCGAGCAGUACAUGAACAGGUCGGAUACCUUCUCGGAACUCAUGGCAUACAUCAUGGCAGAAGAAUUGCGGUCCGCGUUCAUCGACGAGUUUUCCCACAUUGAGCGUUUCGACAACUGGACCAAGUACAUCGUCUCAGAGCAGCUCGAACAAGUGAGAAUGCUGUUUUUGUUUCCUGCUCGAUUCUCGGCGAACUCUUUAUUACCUGACUUGGUCAACAAGAUUGAGACGGAAGUACCGGCGAUGAACCAGUCUCUCCAGUAUUUCCUCAAACUCAGUGCCUUGGUCGCAUCCAAGUGGGCAGACCGAAGUUGGAAUUUCGUCCCCAAUUCUAGGCGUUUAUCACUGUUUAACACCGACUGCUAUUACGACCCAGGAUGGAGAGCCGUCGUUCUUCCUCUGAGCCUCUUCAACAUUUCAAUACCAACUUCAGCAAAGGAAGGGAUGUUUCAUAUUCCAAGAGUAGGCCCUCGCCUCUCCAACUGUCUCUUCGAUGCCAUUUUCGGAACAAGUGCCUUGAAUUCGCUUAGUAUCUCCCAGACUGAAACGACGUCGAAGCACUUCGAGACGACUUCGCGAUGCUUGGAGCAACACUACAAUUCAUCAAAAAAGGAGGCAAUGACUACGGCGUCUAGAAUUGAGGAAAACUCGGCCCUCGUCGUUGCUUACGAGGCCUAUGAAGAUCGACUUUUUACCAAGCAAUACCUGAACAGGGACUACGGCUUCGCCAAUCUUGAGAACGUGAACUCAGAACAACUAUUUUUCGCUUAUUACGCUCUUAAUUACUGCACAAGCCGAAACAGCCCUAAUCAGACAAAGUGGAUGAUCAUGCGUGACAGAGUGAACGUGCCCUUGAAGAAUUCGUACGAGUUUGCCACUGCAUUCGGAUGUGCACAGGGCACGCCAAUGAAUCCAUCGAACAAGUGCAGCUUCUGGGAUUGACAGCAUGCGACGAAUAUUUUUUCCUAGUGCGCUUUAGCGUGUUUAUUAUUGUAUCAACUAACAUACCAAGAUUAUUUGAGCAUCGUGAUGUUUAGCUGGCGUUAUAUUCUCGCUUAUGAGAUAUAGUUUGAAAUAUGGAAUGAAACUGCAUUGCCUUUCAUGCGUUAUGAUCUGCCUCAUUUCAAGCAAUAACGAUAAAAGUCGGAAAACGCA